AUGUCCAGUUUGGCAUCUUGCGCGCUACGGUCGGCCAGCCGCAAGGCUCCCGCUGCCGCUCCUCUGCGCGCUCUGCCUCGUGUUGCCCUGGUGGCCGCGAGAACGAAGCCCGCCCGACGGGCGUAUGUGACCGAGUCCAGGCAGGACCAGGCCCGUGUCGAAACCGCCAUCAAGCUCGAUAAGAAGGAUUUUGUCGACAUCCCGCCUCCGCCCAUGGGCGCUCCUGCGGAUGCCAAGGUCAGCCCUAUGGCUGUUUUUGGCCUCGCAGAGGUUCUAAAGCAAGCUGCUGUCAUGGAAGAAGGACAACGGCCCAUCUACCUGGACAUGCAGUCGACAACGCCGGUUGAUCCCCGCGUCCUCGAUGCCAUGAUUCCCUUCUACGUUGGCGUCUACGGAAACCCUCAUUCUCGGACACACGCCUACGGCUGGGAAAGCGAAAAGGCCGUCGAGGCCGCUCGUGACCACAUCGCUUCGCUCAUCGGCGCCGACCCCAAGGAAAUCAUUUUCACUUCGGGUGCCACUGAGAGUAACAACAUGAGCAUCAAGGGUGUAGCCAGAUUCUUUGGUCGCUCUGGCAAGAAGAACCACAUCAUCACAACACAGACAGAGCACAAGUGCGUCCUGGAUAGCUGCAGACACCUGCAGGACGAGGGCUUUGAAGUCACCUAUCUGCCCGUCCAGCACAACGGACUGAUCAAAUUGGAGGACCUCGAGGCCGCCAUCAAGCCCGAAACUGCCCUGGUCAGUAUCAUGGCGGUCAACAACGAGAUUGGUGUGAUCCAGCCCAUCGAGGAGAUUGGCAAGCUGUGCCGUUCCAAGAAGGUCUUUUUCCACACCGACGCUGCACAGGCCGUGGGCAAGAUUCCUUUAGACGUCAAUGCCAUGAACAUUGAUUUGAUGUCCAUAUCAUCACAUAAAAUCUAUGGUCCCAAGGGCAUUGGAGCUUGUUACGUGCGGCGGAGGCCAAGGGUCAGAUUAGAUCCUCUCAUCACUGGUGGUGGUCAGGAGCGUGGUCUGCGAAGCGGCACCCUGGCGCCCCCCUUGGUUGUCGGUUUCGGCGAGGCUUGUCGCAUUGCCAAAGAAGAGAUGGCGUAUGAUUCGAAACGAAUCAAGACUCUAUCCGACCGGCUCCUCCACGGCCUCCUCUCCAUGGAGCAAACCCAACAGAACGGCGACGCAAAUGCCUUUUACCCUGGCUGCGUCAAUGUAUCCUUUGCCUAUGUCGAGGGCGAGUCUCUGCUCAUGGCCUUGAAGGACAUCGCCCUGUCUUCGGGCAGUGCAUGCACUUCGGCGUCUCUGGAACCCAGUUAUGUCCUCCGAGCCCUCGGAAACAGUGACGAAAGUGCGCACAGCAGCAUUCGAUUUGGCAUUGGUCGCUUCACCACCGAGGCCGAAAUCGAUUAUGUCCUCAAGGCUGUUCGGGAGCGAGUCAGCUUUUUACGAGAGUUGAGUCCGCUAUGGGAGCUAGUGCAGGAGGGUAUCGAUCUCAAUACCAUCCAAUGGAGCCAGCAUUAA